AUGUGCGAGAACGAGAUAUUGGUAUUAGUACGGUACAAAGUUGACCAUACAACUGCGGUUGUCUCAAGCACAAAAAUCAGAAACUUCUGCCCGAUCACCAUCGAGGAUUUCAAUCCCGACGUGCUGUAUGAGGUGUUCUGGAGCGGAGAUCAGAAUACCAGAGGCGGCUACUAUGAGGCGCAGAUAAUAGACAUGGCAGAAUGUGAAGACGACUUGCAAGUCUCGAGAAGGAGAAGGAUAAAGCCACUGCCCACGGCAGCAGCGACCGAAUUUACUUGCCCUCCAAAUAAGCAAAAGGAAAAACUGCUAAAGAAGGCAUCAAAGCGUCAAAGAGAUGUAGAACUGCUCAACAAGAUCGAUCACGAGCACUCCGUACCACUAGAGCAGCACACGGCAGUUCUCCGUAAACUGAAAGAGAAAACCAAAGCACUUGAGAGGUGCCAAAAACUGAAUGUGGAGCUGCAAGAGGCUCUCUGCCUAAAGAUCACCGAGGCAGAGUGUCACCAGUGCCAGAAUGCUGCGGCGGGGGACACUCAACCCGUUUAUUAUUUAGACUGUAACGAGUCUUAUGUCGACGACGUGGAACGGCAUCCUGGAUGGUCAUCUCUCGAGGAAAUGUGUUCCAAGUCACUGGAGCAAACAUUGCCAGCUGCUGGGGUGUCUUCCCUACCACGGCACCAGACACGGAGGGGGCGUCGGCAACUGCUGGAAAGUCACUUGCCACCUCAGCACCAGGCACGGUGA